AUGUUGUACCACAUCUGGACGAGGACUUUUAUUUGUCUCUUUGGUAUUAUUAUCCACAUCUUCAAUUUCCUUGUUAUUCAGACUGUUGCCAAAGGUGUCAAAUAUACCUUCCUCUUCCGUUUCUUGCAUAUCGGGAUUUGGGAUAAUAACAUCAAUAAGCUGCAUGAUAGUUUUGUACUGAAAGUCGUUAAGAGCGACAUUAACACAAGGAAUCUCUCCACCCAUUUUAAAACGAGCCAAGUUUACGGCAUCUGGAAGAAUAGAAAUACCAAGGUAGAGCUUAAGGUCAAAAUUGUCAAGAACAACAGCGGACAUGGUUUUACUUCGUGUAUGAAGUUGUUCCAUAGUGUUCUUGAUUGUUGGGCCAACCAAGAAUUGAGCAUCCUGGAGAUGAAGAUUGAACUUAUCGUACAUGAAGGUGUUGAAAGUUUUCUGAUCCUCUUUGCUGUAAGUAUCUUUAGACUUGAACUCUUCGAUAAUAGACUUGUCAACCAAGUCACUGUUGACACUUAUAUGACCAGCAUCUAA